AUGGUAAAAAUUCUUCGUAUGGGUAGAAUUGGUGCUGCUCACAUACCAAUAAGUUUCGGGAUUUUGUUAUCGGCAACAUUAGGUAUUACAUAUUGCUUAUCAGUUUAUAAUCAUGAUGUUGAUUACUGGCUUCCAUAUAUAUCUUCUUCUGGUGACGCUCGUCCAGAAUCAUGUAUUUUUUCUUUUCUUCUCAACAUUUCAGCUGUAUUGUGUCUUCUUAAUUUAUACUUAAGAUAUAUGUUGGUUGCUCAAUUAAACAGAGAAUUAGAUGUUUUUUUAAAAAUUAUUAAUCGUAUUGCUUUUACAAUGGGAGUUAUUGCUGGUGUUUCAAUGCUUAUAGUGGCAAAUUUCCAACAAACAGCUCAAUGGACAAUACAUAUAACUGCUGCAGUUAUAUGUUUCACAAGUGCUGUAAUUUAUAUGUGUAUUGAUUCUUUUGUUACCAUGUACAUGUAUCCAACAUAUAAUAAUAAAAAAAUUGCACUUAUAAGAAUAGGAAUUGCUUCAGCUGGUGUGAUUUCUUUAAUUCUUGCAAUUAGCUUUGGUUUUGCAGCAUCAAUAAAAUUUCAUUCAGUAUAUCCAGAUGAAGAUAUUCCUAGACCUUGGAGUAACAGAAAAUACUAUACUCCUGGUUAUGGUCUGCAUUGUGUUUCUGCUUUUUUUGAAUGGUUAUUAGCUUUAAUAAUAAUGUUUUAUAUUAUUUCAUUUUCGAGAGAUUUCGAAUCAAUUCAUGUUAAGUUGACAGUUGAAGCGCUCGUUAGCCAUCUGGAUCAUGAAGUAAUUUGGGCUAGUUCUGAUGAUCUUACAAGAUCUCAUUAA